AAUGAUAGAUAGAGGAAUGUCAAGUCAAGUCAAAUCAAAACUAACCUUACAAACAUUUCACAAACUUACAAACAAAUCAAUUUGAGAAAUAACUAGGUUAGAAGUAACACAAAAUUUAGGGUCAGUAUGGAUUUUACAAAAUUAAUGGGUCUCAAUCAAGCCUAUUCUGAUAUUGAUAAAUAUUUGAGUUUGGAUGGAUCAGUUGCAGAUGUUGAAUAUCCAGAAAUCCUAUCUUUUGAUGAUAUAAAACAAGCAGCAGACAGAAUUGAGGGAGCAGUCAUUCAUACCCCUCUUUGUGAAGCAAAGCUCAGUAAAUUUACUGAUUACAAUAUAUAUUUGAAGUGUGAAAAUCUGCAGUUCACUGGGAGUUAUGCAGAAAGAGGUAUGAGAAAUGCUCUAGAAGUGUUAGAUGAAGACAGGAAGAGUCGCGGGGUGAUCCUGGCGUCCACCGGCGACAUGGCGCUCGGAGCCGCGUACCACGGACGGACCCUCGGCAUACCGGUGACGGCGGUGCUGCCGGAGGGCUGCGCGCCGGCGACAGCGCAGCGCUGCUCGGAGCUGGGCGCGGCGGUGGUGCUGUGCGGCGCCUCGCUCGACGACGCCGCCGCCUACGCCAGCAAGGCCGCCAGGGAGACCGGACAGACUGUGCUGAGCUCGGACGACAUGUCCUCGCUGGCGGGGCUGGGCGGCGCGGGCGCGGAGGUGGUCCGCCAGCUGCCCGGCGCGGACUGCGUGCUGGCGCCGGUGCGCAGCGGCGCGCUGCUCGCCGCCGUGCUCGUCGCCUGCAAGAAGAUGAAGUGCACGUGUCUGGUUUAUGGUGCGGAGUGCUCGGAGCUGGGCGCCUCGAGUGUCGGAGCCAACGCCUUCGCUACCAUCAAGAACAGACUAGACAGAAUGUUGGUAGUGGAGGAGUCGUGGGUGGCGCGCGCGACGGUGGCGCUGCUGGAGCGCGAGCGGCUGGUGGCGGGCGGCGCGGGCGCGGUCGCGCUGGCCGCCGUCAUGCAGGGGCUGGUGCCAGAGCUCAAGGGGAAGAGAACGGUGUGCAUAAUAAGCAGUGACACCGUGGACGCCGGUCGACUGGCACGCGUGAUCCAGCGCGGGCUGGGCGCGGGCGGCCGCCUGCUCCGCUUCGCCGUGCCUCUGCCCGACCACCGCGCGGGGUUGGAGGGCCUCACCAAGGCCGUGUUCGAUGAAAGCGCCGUGCUUAAGAGCAUUGUGACCGAACAGAUGUGGCUGCAUGGCGAUGUUUGCACUACUUGGGCCAAUGUGGUGGUGGAAACGGCAAGUGAAGAGCACUCCGCUAUCUUCAAGGAAAAACUAAGAGAGCUCUACCCGUCUGCAAGAUUUGCUGUUAUGUUGCAAAAGUGAAGCUACCCAA